UACCAAUGUUUACUCACUACCAAAAGCUGAUUGCAGCCCAUUAAGGAAGCUGCCCUUGGAAAUAUUCCAACUAUUGCCUUUUGCGAUACUGAUUCACCCAUGCGGUAUGUUGAUAUUGGGAUCCCUGCCAACAACAAGGGGAAGCAUAGCAUAGGAUGUCUCUUCUGGCUUUUGGCAAGGAUGGUUCUGCAGAUGCGUGGUACUAUUCGUCCUGGGAGUAGGUGGGAAGUGAUGAUUAAAGCUCAAGAAAACAUGAUAUGUGGCCAAUAUCUGCAUGAGGUUAACCACUCAUUUAUUGUUAUAAGGAAUUGGGGUGGUGUGUUAUGGGCUGCAAUAUCUGGUAUUAAGGAUGGUACUAGCAAAGAUGAAGAGAACAACUCAAACAAUAACAUGGAGGUCGAAAGCAACUUGGAGGGUGACCUAGAGGAAAACUAAUAUAGAUCUUUUCAUAAUUCUAGUUGUUUAAAACAAUAUUUUUAUGUCAUGGUUUAAUUUCAGGA